AUGCGAACAAAAGUGCAUGAUCAAUCAGCCGGUCCAGGCGCCUCGAUCGCCACACCGCUGUAUACACACAUACACAUACACAUACACAAGCAAAGAGGGCGCACAUCGAUCCACCACCCCACCACUCCCACACACACAAAAGCGAGCAUGGUCGCUUCCGCUGCUGCUUCACAGCCAAACGCGAAGUUCAUGUAUCGAUCGAUCGAGGCGGAGAGAACGUGCGCUCGUUCGUCUACGCCGACGAUCGUGUCCGUCUAUCGAGAUCACACCGAUGACGCCCGCGGCGACCGCUACGCGUUAAGGAUCGUUGAUGAUUGUAGUGUGAUGUCUUGUGGUAAUGCAUGA